AUGUCUUUUAUGUCUUUACUAUUUGAUUUAUUUUUAUUUGCACAUUAUUUAAUUAUUAUAUUUGCAGAAUCUAAUGUUGUCAAAAUUGAGUCUAUAAGUGAUACAGAAGAAAGUACUAGAAUAAAUAAGAAAAAGUGUAGAAUUUGUGGUUUGAGAGGCCACAAUGCGCGUACCUGUUCUGCAGAAUCUGAUACUGAGUUAGAAUCUAAUAAUGAUACUGAAGAAAUUAGCAGGAAUAA